CUUCUAGCUUUAUAUUUUUAUAACAUGAACAACAAUGGCUGCGCCCAUAGCGCUAACCCUAUUUGUAGGCAUAUUCAGCAUUAUUUGUUUAGGCUUUUAUGAUUAUCUAACAAAUUUUGAAAACAAUGGUUGUGAAAUGACCUACAUGUACGAGUAUCCAGAAUACAUAGAAAUUGAGUUACAGGAAGAAAAAAACAAGUUUCCAGAUUAUAGACUUCACGCUUAUAGUGAAGGACAAUAUACACAGCAGAUAAGAAAGCUGCAGCUGAAAGGUAUCCCAGUUCUUUUUAUUCCUGGAAAUGCUGGUAGCUACAAGCAAGUUCGAUCACUUGGGUCGGUGGCCUUAAGGAUGUCAGAAAGAUUAAAUGACAGAAUUCAUUUCAAUUAUUUUGUUGCUGAUUUUAACGAGGAACUCUCUGGUCUCUAUGGAGGUGUCCUUCUUAAACAAACAGAGUUUGUAAACAUUUGUUUGAAAAAGAUUCUUUCAUUGUACAAGUCAACACAGCCAACAUCAGUGAUACUUGUCGGGCAUUCCAUGGGUGGACUUAUUGCAAGGGCUUUGUUUACCCUACCUGGCUUUGAUCACUCACUGGUCAACACUAUCAUCACCCAAGCCACACCUCACCAGAGACCAGUUGCUGCUAUAGAUGCAGAUCUUCAUCAUUUUUAUAAGACUGUUAAUACUUAUUGGCAAGAUCAUGCUGCAACUUCAUUGCGCCAUGUGACAGUUGUCAGCACUGGUGGUGCUUACAGGGACAUUCAAGUACGAUAUGGGCUGACAGUAUUAGAUGGGAUUGUUGCCCCUGACAGAGCUGUGAGUGUUUCAACGUCAGCAGUACCCAAAGCUUGGGUAUCAACUGAUCAUCUGUGCAGUGUUUGGUGUCGUCAGAUGGUUUUGUUGACCAAAAGAGCAAUGUUUGACAUUAUAGAUGGCAAGAAAUUACAGGUUUUAACGGAUCCAGAAAGCAGAAUGAAAGUGUUCAGGCACCACUUUGUUUCUAACAAUGGCCUGGGAGACUAUUUGACCCGUGAACCCAAUAGAACCAUUGUCUUAGACAAGAAAGUCAAAUGGGAAGUUAAGGUUGAUAAGCUAUGGAAAUAUUCAUCUCUAAAGGUUGCAUCGUCUGUCUAUUUUGCUGUUCCAUUUUCACCAGGGGAGGAUGUAGAUUCUGUUUUCAUUAGGAGUAACUUAACCAACUCAGACUGGCUGUGUUACUGUGACGUACCUGAUGGUCAAGAUCGUUGUUCAUCAUGUACCAGUCUGUCAUCACUCACACGUUUCCUACCACCUCUCUACUCCAACACCAAGUAUGUAAGAGUCAGUGACAUUGAAAGAACCAACAGGACAUACAUAAUCAUACUAGUUAUGGCUGGCGAGAAGAAAGUUGACCUUCUAGUGGAUCAUUAUGACAGUAAUGUCCGCCAUCUUGUUUACCAGAUGCCCAAUGUUUACGACACUAUCAUCUCCUACCCCAUAUCAGCCACUGACGGAGCCGCCCUGCUGAAAAUAGCCAAUGCUUCCAGUUUCUACAGCCUUCACCUUGCGGGACUGGCAUUGCCGACCAACACUUUCACUGUUAUAGUUGAGCCUUUUAAAUGCCGUAGACAUAGUGCUGAAUUUAACGAAGGAAGUAUAUUGAGACUAAAUGUACCCUGGGGUCAUGAAGAUGUCUUCACUUUUGCCAGUUAUGGAAAAGAAAUCAGCCUGGCUGUUAAGCUACAGACUGGACGUCCGAUGGACCAUGACUGGAGACAGGAUGCCUCAGAGCCUCACUUGGAAAUGUUCUUACAUCCUUACUGCCAUUAUCGGCUGAAACUUGUCGUAGCCACUCAGGAUGCUAUUGGACAGGGUGUUCGAUUUUAUGGGUUACUUUUGCCUGGCUUUGUGGUGGCUGUUUUGUUUAUGACUCUGAGAGCUGCCACUUUGACUGCUUGUAAAGGAUCAGUGAUCAAUGAAAAACUUGCCAAGCCUUACAAUGCUAUUCUGGACAGUGCCAAGCCUUACUACAUUGUUCCCGUUGCUUUACUUCUGCGCUAUCUAUGCAGCCUGGGCUCUGUCAGUAAGAUGUUGAAAGGCCUACACAUUCCAGCAGAUGACACUGUGGUCUUGAAAGAAGAGAACAUCUACUUCUCUUUGCUGCCGCUAAUACUGUACAUCUCUUCCUGGGUGCUGACUUACUUGCAUGCUACUUUUGCUUACCAUUUGAUGAAAGUGUUGAGUUACCUGGGCUUCAUCAGUUAUGUACUCCCUAAAGCCAUAAAAGAUAGAUGUGGAUUACUGCAAUUUGUAAUUGGUUCUAUAGCACUGUCUUUGUCUUUGUUCUGUGGAACACUUGGUCUGUUAAUAAUUUCUGCCCUGCUCAUACUAAAGCUGCUUAGUCUUCUGUACAGCGUCAGUGCUAAGGAGGAUACACAGGCCACACAUCUUCAGAUAGCCAUCCUCUUCCCUGUCACAUUGCUGGUCAACAUACAGACAUUACUUGGCUUGGGCUCACUGGUUGUGUGGAUGAAGCUCAUUGUACUAAAUGGUUUCCUAUUUCAACCCCUGAGACCUGAUCCCAGCCAGAUGUCUGCUGUUAUCACAUGUAUAUGUGUGCUUAUGUUGUUGAAUAUGUCUAAUCUCAAUCUAUCAAAAUUUCAGGGUUUGAUAGUCUUUUGGUCAUUAUACUGUCUUGCUGUCAUGAGCAUUUUGUAUGCUUCUGUGUCUAUGUAUCGUCUCCCAAUCUUGAUAGCUGGUGCAGUUUUGGCUGUGACACUGCCCCAUGUGACUGGUCUUCUGUCCAGAUGGACAAAGGAAAGGACUAAGAAAGGAGAAUAGAUCAUAUACAUGUUAGUUGAACUUUUUGACAAAAAUAUGAAUGAACUAUGUAAUGGUUACACCAAAUGGAAAUACAGCUACAAAGAUCGAGCCGUUUUUCCUUCAGUAAGACUUAAACAAUGUUAUUGUUGGUUUACAUUUGAUUUGCAUUUCUGUUUUGUUUACAUGAUCAAUUUCCAUAUAUGUUUUAUACAUUGUGAUGUGUUAACAUAAUUUUGUCUUUUUUUUUUUUGGCUUAAAUAUUUAGUUUUGUGUUUCAUAGAUUCACAGCUCCUUUUUGUACAAUUUGUUGUUAUCAUUGAGCAGAUAUUUUAUCUUCCGGGCAUACAGCCACAAGGCACAAUUUAAAUCACUUGAAUAAGAUUUUGUGACUAUCUGCCACAUUCUCAUGAUGGUGCUGUCUGAUGGGUCACAAAGAAUGGGUCUUGAACAGCAAGAUCAUUCACAUAUCACACAUGCUGGUAUUAUUACUGAGCUAAGAAACUCUGUGUUUAACAUUUCGGUGUAUAUUUCGAUACUAAUGUGGCCAUGUUGUAUUACGUAAAGUGAUUUCUAGAGAAGUGUUUCUUGCAGUUCUCCACCAGAACUAACAAGUUUAUAACAUUUGCAUUAUAUAUAUUGGAAAUAACAAGCAACAUAGAUACAUUCCCAAGGAAGUGCUUGCUACAUCAAAUACUUCAUCUUUUUUUUUUUAACUCUGUUCUAUAGAAACAUCAUUUAAAUCAUUAUAUUUAAUAUUCUUAAUGUCCCUUUUGUUUAAUUAUUUUGAUUUAUACAAAUGUUCUUGUUAUAGAUAACAGUUCACCUUCACUCUUCCCGUAGUCUGUUCAGCGGUCGGGGCGCCACACAUUAUCUGUCAACCAUCUUUCUCCAUUUCUCUCUGUCUCUUUCAUUCCUUAAUGCUGUCCUCCCAUCGCUUCAUUUGUCUGCCCUUCUCCCUUGGUGCUGUUCCCUGAAGAAAAGUUUUUGCGAGCCCUGAGGAUCUCAUUACAUGGCUGCGUAGGCUAAACUUUAAUUUUUUAACGGGGGUCAGAAAGGAAUCAUGGGACCCAGUCGCUAUUGUGAUCUUGUUUCUGAUUUCCACCUUUGAAAUAUGGUCUUUGUAUGUGAAACUUAGUAUCCUUAUGUAACAUCUCAAUUCCAGGGCUGGGAUCUUCUUCUAGUUCUGUAGUUAGAGUCCAGGACAGGAAAUUGUUAAAUUACUCUAAAAUAACAAUCUUAUCUAUCUUAUCUUAUCUAUCUUAAAAUAUAAAUUUAGGCUGAUCUAUGUACUGAUAAUGACAUGCUAAUUGUUGAAUUCAACUAAGUCUAGCUUCUAGUCUCUUAGAGAGCAACACAUUAUUGUGUAUUUAUUACCUUUAUGUGUGAACCAAUGUCAUCACAAUGAAAUCUAUGCAUUUUAGGAUGUAUUUAAGAAGCACAAAAUUAAAUAAAUUUUAAUAUGUUUCUGCUUUAUAUUUGAACAUAGAAGUUUAAGGUAUAAUUUCAUGAACAAAUAUUUUAUUGUUGUUUCAUAGUCCUCAGCUAAAAUGUAGUGUAAUCAUUCAGGUUGUAGUUUUUCAUUUUAAUUUGUGUUAGGUUUGUAAUGGAUGUAGAUCUACAGUGUUUCCCAUGACUACACAAAUCCAGUAGUGACC